GAGAAAAUAUGAUACGUCCUUCCACUUUCACUUUACAAAUGAUCUUUGAAUGAGAAAUAUAUACUCAUAUAUUGUUAUAUGGAUAUGAAGGAUCUUGAGAAACAAUGGAUCAAGCAUUGUUGGUAUCCUGAUUCCCGAAUCUGCAGAGUUUUCACAGCGUCAUAGCAUAUAAUAGUUGUGACUUGUGACCCCUUAGGGGACGUAUCUUGUGUCACACGUAAAGCAGUGAGAGGCAAAAAUGAUUUGCGUUGUUGCGCAAUGUUCGCUAAAGAAUCAGCCACCACUCGUUUUCAAGGCUGUCUCCUAUAACAGUGACGGGUUUUGAUACAAAGCCAUUUUAGAUAUUCUCUUAACUUUUUUUGACAACAAGAUUCUGCUUAGGUCUUAUUUUGUUUUUUCCUUUAACCACAAUUUCUAUUAUUGAUAUCCUCCGGAUAUGAAGCAAAAUCCUCAAAUACAAAAGAGUGUCCCCUAAAUAUAGACACAGAAUGUUAAGAAAAACCGUUGGUGCUUGCAACGUUGGGUUAUUAAUAACACACAUCUCUAUCCUCCUUUAACCCUCUCAUGCCCUUCUAUAAACAGCCUUGGGUCUUUUCCAAGGUUUCUGUUUUAGCCAUGGCUAAACCUCCUUCCUUUGUGUGUUGCAUCUUCCUCUUAUUCUUCUUCUUUUUGUCCUCCUCCUUUGUCGCAUUUGCCCUAACCGAUACAGAGGCCGCCUUCAUCGUGCAGCGACAGCUCUUGACAUUACCAGCAAACGGUGAACUUCCUGAUGAUAUUGAAUACGAGGUUGAUCUCAAGGCUACAUUUGCAAACACAAGGCUUAAAAGAGCUUACAUAGCUCUUCAAGCUUGGAAAAAGGCAUUCUCAGACCCGUUUAACACCACAGGAAACUGGCAUGGACCUCACGUGUGCGGCUACAACGGUGUGGUCUGUGCACCGGCUCUUGAUGAUCCUGAUGUCACAGUUGUAGCUGGUGUUGACCUCAACGGUGCUGAUAUCGCAGGGCAUUUGCCUGCUGAGCUUGGUUUGAUGACAGAUGUUGCUUUGUUCCAUUUGAAUUCUAACCGGUUUUGUGGUAUCAUUCCUAAGAGUUUUGAGAAGUUGAAGCUGAUGCAUGAAUUCGAUGUCAGUAAUAACCGUUUUGUUGGACCUUUCCCUGACGUCGUUCUUGCAUGGCCUGAUGUUAAAUUCAUUGACCUUAGGUUCAAUGAUUUUGAAGGUCAAGUCCCUUCCGAGCUGUUCAAGAAAGAGCUAGACGCUAUUUUCUUGAACAACAAUAGAUUCACCUCGACGAUUCCUGAAUCUCUAGGAGAAUCUCCGGCCACGGUUGUGAGUUUCGCUAACAAUAAAUUUACCGGAUGUAUUCCUAAAAGUAUUGGAAACAUGAAGAAUCUCAACGAGGUUGUCUUUAUGGACAACAAGUUGGGCGGUUGUUUCCCAUCUGAAAUCGGAAAGCUAUCGAAUGUGACGCUUUUCGAUGCGAGCAAGAACACGUUCAUUGGUCGUCUCCCGACAAGUUUUGUCGGGUUAACGGGUGUGGAGGAAUUUGAUAUCUCCCACAAUAAACUGACUGGAUUAGUAGCGGAUAACAUUUGCAAGUUGCCUAAUUUGGUGAACUUCACUUACUCCUACAAUUAUUUCAAUGGACAAGGUAGUUCGUGUGUACCAGGUGGUAGUCAGAAGGAGAUUGAAUUGGACGACACACGUAAUUGCUUACCUCAUCGACCUGACCAACGGUCCGCCCAGGAAUGUGCGGUUGUGAUUAACCGUCCGGUUGAUUGUAGCAAGGACAAAUGCGCUGGUGGCGGCUCAUCUACUCCGUCGAGAACAUCGCCGGCUCACGAGCCAUCGCCAGUUCCAACGCCGGUUCACGAGCCAUCGCCAGUUCCAACUACGCCAGUUCACAAGCCAUCGCCAGUGCCAUCUACACCUGUUUACAAACCAUCACCAGUUCACAAACCCUCUCCAGUUCCAACUCGACCGGUUCAUAAACCACAACCACCAAAAGAGUCACCCCAGCCGGAUGAUCCUUUCGAUCAAUCUCCAGUGAGUAAGCGACGCAGUCCUCCUCCACCUCAUCAAUCCCAACCUCCGGUGGUUUUCUCUCCUCCACCAACUCCGGUAAGCUCUCCUCCUCUUCCUUCACCACCACCACCAGUUUACUCUCCACCACCACCUCCUCCACCAGUCCACUCGCCACCACCACCGCCGGUACAUUCUCCGCCACCGCCAGUCCACUCUCCACCACCACCGGUUCACUCUCCUCCACCGCCGGUCCACUCUCCUCCACCGCCGGUCCACUCUCCACCACCACCGGUUCACUCUCCACCACCACCGGUUCACUCUCCACCACCGCCGGUUCACUCUCCUCCACCGCCGGUUCACUCUCCUCCACCGCCGGUACACUCUCCACCACCACCAGUUCUUUCUCCACCACCACCGGUUCACUCUCCGCCACCACCUCCUCCACCAGUUCACUCUCCACCACCACCGGUUCACUCUCCGCCACCACCUCCUCCACCAGUUCACUCUCCUCCACCACCGGUUCACUCUCCGCCACCUCCAGUCCACUCUCCACCCCCACCGGUUCACUCUCCGCCACCUCCCGUCCUCUCACCCCCACCGCCAGUCCACUCCCCACCACCUCCGCCUGUGUACUCUCCUCCACCACCUGUCUUUUCACCACCACCACCACCGGUACAUUCCCCGCCGCCACCAGUCCAUUCGCCACCUCCACCUGUUCACUCGCCACCACCUCCUCCGGUUAACUCGCCGCCGCCACCGGUGGAAAAGAAAGAGUCUCCGCUGGCACAAGCACCAGCUCCAAGUGAUGAAUUCAUCAUACCACCCUUCGUCGGCCACCAAUACGCAUCGCCACCACCUCCAAUGUUUCCUGGCUACUAAUAUCCAUCAACGAGAGAAGAACCGACUAUAUAAAAAGCAAUUGUAUCUUCUUGAACUAAAUUUGUAAAACGAAAGAAGAAGAAGAAGAAAACAAUUAAUGUAUGAUAAGCGAAACGAACUUGUUACCGAUGUCGAUUCAUUUGUACAAUGACAACUUCUGAUAGUAGAUAAAGAUUUUAAACUUUCUAAACAAAAAUAAAUGUCUUCACUCUCUUAUUCCAACUAAUUACAUGUUUUAAAUAUGAUUUGUAGUCUCUUAUCAUCUACGAUUUGCCAUAAAGCAAUAAGCGUAAUCCUACACAUGUGAAUAAGAGUACUCAACGUAUAUGCAAAGCUUAAUCAACUUUGUGGUACACUGGUACUUGGAAUUAAAAACCUAACACAUUGGUUUUGUUUAUUCUUUUGCCUCAAAUUAGUUGUACGUAGAGUGAGUGUAUCCACGUUAACCUUUAAUACGUGUAUAUAUAUAGCAGGUAUAUUAGCUGUGUCUGAAACAUAUAGAGCUUCAAGGAAGUUUCUGUGAGUUCCAACAAUAAUAUUUCGCUCUGACCAUACCAUAACCAUCUCAAAUUAUGAAGGACUACAAACAAUAACUAUCACAGAAAGUGAUAUCUACAUCGGUACCUUGUGCAUGAAGUCAUAUUGUUUCUGUUUUUGACUUUUCACUUUCCUGUUGAUAAUAUCGUUUGUACCUCUCAGAUAAGUCCUAGCUCGGUUUCUCUUGUUUCUCGGUCUUUAAAUCUUGGAUCAGAUCUAG